AAUAAUUUAUUUGAACAGUCUAAUCUGCGGGAAGUCCGAGUGUGAAAUUUUGACCUUUCGCUUUCUGGAUCUAGGGUUUCAUGUCAUUGACGACUCCUUCGUUAUCCCCAAAAUACGAGCCCUAGCAUUGCCACCACCCAGAUGAAAAAAGUGUUUCCCCAAACCAGAAACCAGAGAUCGAGUUGAUUUUGAGUUUUUUUUUUAAUUCUUUUUUCCCUUUUUUUUUUUGGUUGUUUGUUUGGUUCAUCAUCAAUCAGGAUUGUAAAUUUUCCCACCAUGGAAAAAAGAAGAACCCGAAUCUUGGUUUGUUCUGUUGUUUCUUGACGGAUCGGUGUUUUAAAUUGGCAAAAAACUGGAUCAAAUCUAAAGCAUUCUGGACGAUCAUGAUCUUUUUAAAAUUUCUUAUUGCCUGGAAAGGAAUUCAUUGAAACCCAUGGGAUUAUAUAGAAACUUGACGAAAUUUCCAGAGCCAAAAAGCCAAACAGUGACAUAUUGAGGAAGGAGAUGGAGGGAAAAAUGUAUAAAUCGGUGGUUUAUCGAGGGGAUGAGGUAUUGGGAGAGGUAGAAAUUUACCCAGAAGAAAAGAACGGCAACAAGAACAUCGAAGUGAAGGAAAUCAGAAUAACUCACUUCUCGCAACCGAGUGAGAGGUGCCCACCACUUGCAGUGCUUCAUACCAUUGCGGCCUCUGGAAUUUGCUUCAAAAUGGAGUCAAAGACCUCGCAGUCACAGGACACGCCGCUCUAUCUUUUGCAUUCCUCGUGUGUCAUGGAGAAUAAGACUGCUGUGAUGGCAUUAGGAGUGGAGGAGCUCCAUUUGGUCGCGAUGUAUUCUAGAGAUCAUGAGAAGCAGUAUCCAUGUUUCUGGGGUUUCAAUGUUACAAGGGGACUUUACAAUUCUUGUCUUGUCAUGUUGAAUCUUAGAUGUCUUGGCAUUGUAUUUGAUCUUGAUGAGACACUUGUGGUUGCUAAUACAAUGCGCUCAUUUGAGGAUAGAAUUGAAGCCCUGCAGCGGAAAAUAAGCAGUGAGGUAGAUUCUCAGCGUGCAGCUGGCAUGCUGGCAGAGGUUAAACGAUAUCAAGAUGACAAGAUCAUUUUGAAGCAGUAUGCUGAAAAUGACCAGAUUAUUGAGAAUGGAAAAGUGAUUAAAAGUCAAUCUGAGGUUGUUCCUCCAUUGUCCGACAAUCAUCAACCAAUUGUUCGACCAAUUUUACGAUUGCAUGAAAAGAAUAUCAUUUUGACUCGAAUUAACCCCCAGAUUCGUGACACAAGUGUUCUUGUCAAGUUGCGACCUGCAUGGGAAGACCUUCGGAGCUACUUGACUGCAAGAGGUCGCAAGCGUUUUGAGGUCUAUGUAUGUACAAUGGCUGAAAGGGAUUAUGCUUUGGAGAUGUGGAGGCUUCUUGAUCCAGAUUCAAAUUUGAUAAAUCCUAAGGAAUUGUUGGAUCGCAUUGUUUGUGUCAAGUCUGGUUCUAGGAAGUCGUUGUUCAACGUAUUCCAAGAUGGCUUUUGCCACCCCAAGAUGGCUCUGGUAAUUGACGAUCGUUUAAAAGUGUGGGAUGAAAAGGAUCAACCUCGUGUGCAUGUUGUUCCUGCAUUUGCUCCUUACUAUGCCCCUUAUGCUGAAGGAAAUAAUGCUGUCCCUGUUUUAUGUGUAGCAAGGAACGUUGCCUGCAAUGUUAGAGGUGGUUUCUUCAAGGAAUUUGAUGAGGUCCUUCUGCAAAAAAUUUCUGAUAUUUCAUAUGAGGAUGGUGCCAAUGAUAUUCCCUCUCCUCCUGAUGUGAGCAACUAUCUCGUUUCAGAGGAUGAAUAUUCUAUUUCUAACGGAAACAGAGAUAUGCUUACUUUUGAUAGCAUGUCAGACAUGGAAGUUGAAAGAAGACUGAAGGAUGCAUUUUUGGCUUCUUCAACUAUCACUACUACAGAUCCACGAGUGUCUUCUCUUCAAUAUACAAUGGCUUCUGCUUCUAGCUCAGUUCCACUUCCACCAAAGCAGGGGUCAAUGCCAUAUUUUCCGAAUAUGCAGCCUCCCCAUGUCAACUCAGUGGUCCAUGUAGCCCCCACUGAACCAAGUUUGCAAAGUUCUCCUGCUAGAGAGGAGGGCGAGGUACCAGAAUCAGAAUUAGAUCCUGAUACGAGGCGGAGGCUCCUUAUAUUGCAACAUGGGCAAGAUACAAGAGAACGUCUACCAAGUGAACCUUCAUUUCCAGUGAGGCCUCCUCCAUUGCAGCAGGUUGCUGGUCCGCGUGCACAAUCACGUGGAAGUUGGUCUCCAAUGGAAGAAGAAAUGAGCCCACGGCAAUUAAGUCGGACUGCACGCAAAGAGUUCCCUGUAGAUGCAGAACCGAUGCGGGAGAAGCAUAGGUCUAAUCAUCCUACGUAUUUCCCCAAAAUUGAGACUUCCAUUCCACCAGAUAGAAUUCCUCACGAAAAUCAAAGAUUGUCGAAAGAGGCUUUUUAUAGAGAUGAUCGUGUGAGAGCAAGUCGUAGGUCAUCUAGUUAUCCUGCUUUCUCAGGUGAGGAGAUUCCAAUGAAUCAAUCAUCUUCAAGAAGCCGGGAUAUUGAAAUUGAAUCUGGACGCUCCAUUUGGAGUGAAACUCCUGUUGGAGCUCUACAGGAAAUUGCAAUGAAGUUUGGCACCAAGGUGGAAUUUAAGCCGGCGUUAGUUUCCAGCACAGAACUACAGUUUUCCAUGGAGGCAUGGUUUGUGGGAGAGAAAAUUGGUGAAGGAAUUGGUAGGACAAGAAGGGAAGCUCAGCGACUUGCUGCUGAAGGUUCUAUAAAGAAUUUGGCUAACAUUUAUGUAUCACGCUGUAAGGCUGACAAUACAUCUGCAAAUGAUGUAAACAAGUUUCCUAGUGGGAACGAUAAUGGACCUGGAAAACGACUGAAGCUGGACUAUCACGGACAUCUUCCAAAAACUAAAUAUUCCACAAAUGCUUGCUUCUGUUCCAUGAAUGGCCGCCAUAUUUGUUUGACCCUAUUGAGCAUGUUUCAACAUAUUCGAGGUUAAGGCCACCAAGACAGCAGUUUUGGCCUUCUGCUAUCAAGAAGCAAAUUGCAAGAUAGAUCAUCUUAUGCCUUCAUUCAUUUCUCCACGUGACAUGACUGUAUCCCGGUGAAGUUCAUACCUAGGAUCCAGUUGCGGCAUCUCCAUUAACCUGUAUUUUUAAUCUCGAGAUACCGAGAUGAGGGAUGAAUAUCUGCCUGCUUUAGUUGAAUUUUCCCUCCCAUCAAGCUGAAGUCCUUACUGUUAUUAGGUGGCAGAAGACUGAAGUUCAUGCUCUGCUUUGGCGACUGGUUCACAUGUUUGGGCGAACCAUAUAUGUUGGCCGCUCAGAUUUCAUUUUUUAUUUUAUUUUAUUUUAUUUUUGAUGUGUUAAUAUUUAUUUGAUUGAGCACAGUAAGAAAAUUUGCUGGUGUUCAGGAAUGUUUCCUUGUUCUGCAGACUCAUAUUCACAGUACCUAACCCCCCUCACUAAACUAACAACAGCUAAGGCACCCCCCAUUGAUGUUCCGAACUCGAGAAUGAUGUAGUUGAUGGUAGAGUUGUAUAGCCAGUUCUUCGAAUGCAA